UAAACCCUAAUUCGGCUGUGUAGCAAAAGAGAACCCUUUGUUGUGUUCUUGACCUCUCUAACAAAACCAUUUGAGAAAGUACAGCUAAAAGAAUGGCUUCUCCUAGUCCUAUUCCCGCCGGCGUUACUAAGGAACAGGCGUUUAGUAUGGCACAAACGGAGAUGGAGUAUCGGGUGGAACUCUUUAACAAGCUUGCUCAAACAUGCUUUAAUAAAUGUGUGGAUAAAAGGUACAAGGAAGCUGAGUUAAACAUGGGCGAGAAUAGUUGCAUCGACCGUUGUGUUUCCAAGUACUGGCAGGUAAAUGGAAUGGUUGGACAGCUUCUAAGUGCUGGCAAGCCUCCAGUUUAAAGGCAAUUAUUAUAGACCAAAAGCUCUUGGAGGGAACAAAACUCUGUUCUUUGUUUUUUUCUAAAGCUUAAGGCAAUCUUGUUUUUAUUGUGAAGAAAAUUGCAUCACAUUUUUGGCUCUGAUUUAGACAAAAUUAUGCAAUUCCCUGUGAACCCAUUAUUACUAAAGGGGUGAAAUGAAAUAACAAAAUUGAAAAUCACAAAACA